UCGGGGCACACACACUUUGUGUCUCGCAUGGCGCACCUCAUGCGCUCCACGCCGUACAUGGUGCAUACAACCUUCCAGUACGGCGGCGCGCAGGGCAAGCGGCACCGGCUGCGCGAGGGCAUGAUGUGGGAGGACGCGCCCGAGUACUACUCCGGGCCGGACUUCCUCACGUACGAACUCGACCUGCCUCGCGCGCUCGUGUACCCGAACGGUGGCACGGUCGGCAGCGACGGCACCCUCCCCUUUGACAAGCGCGCGAGCGUCGAGCAGCACUUUGCGCUGGUCCACCACCAGCUGGCGCAGGUCCGGAACGGGCUCGCGCUCGCUAAGGCGACCGGCCGCAUCCUCAUCCUUCCUCGCCUCGUGUGCGGCCUCGACCGCUGGUGGGCGCCUCACAGCGGUAUCAUCCCCGGCUCCGCGGCGAGGCUGCCCCUCCUCGACUGCCCCGCCGACCACGUGCUCGACGUGGAGAGGAUGGGCAAGGUGGAGCCGCUGCUGCGCGAGCACUCCUUCCUCUGCAACCCGCGCACGCCCGCCUCGGUGCGCGGCUCUGUCGCGCAGCUGGCGGGCGCGCGGCCCGAGGCGGGCCCCGCCGCCUCCGCCGCCGCCGCCGCGCUCGUCCGGCAGAUCCAAACGAGCGGCUCCAAGGUGGUUCGGCUCGCGGCGGUGCCCGACUACCGCGCCGUGCUCGGCGCCGACACAAAGGCGUUCGAGGACAAGUACAAGCAGUAUGCCGGGCUGUGGUGCUGCAAUCGGCCGCCCGGCGGCCGCGGCGCGGGGCACAUCUGGUACGACCUCUUCGCCGACAUCGUGCCGCACACCGACCGGCACAACCGCCGGUGGGAGGGGCCGUGGUUCCCGAAGAUGGGGCCGUGAUGCGGGGCGCGUCUGCCGUCUGUCGGCGCACGCUCGCCCACCACACGAUCCACAUCAAGGGAAUGGAGAAGGCCGCGCCGCCCGAGGUCGCUAGAAAGUAGAAUCCCGGCGCGGGGUCUCACGUAUCUCGAGAGCGGCGCGUUGGGCAUAUAUCCGGCUUCCUGCAAACAACGUAAUAUAUCUUUACU